UCUAAUAACUUCCGUAACCCGUGCUAACCACAAAACCCAAACAGUUUUAAAGCAAAAAUGAUAGUUUGCUGCGUGUCUGGUUGUAAAAAGCGGUAUAUCCGCAGCAAAAAAUUGAAAUUUUACAAAAUACCGUCUCGGGGCCACCGGAGGCGUUUGUGGCUGCGAGCAAUACAAGAAGCGAACGGCAGCACUGCGAGACUCACGGAAGAUGAUCGCGUUUGUGGCGCUCAUUUCAUAUCAGGAGAAGCAUCUAUGGAGCGUGAUAAGCCGGACUUUGUGCCUUCUGUUUUUACCUGCACCAAAAAAAAUCAAAGCCCCAAGAAAAAAGUGAGAUGGAUUUAUGGUCGUAGAAAAAGGCAUCGCCGGAAGGCAAGAGGCAGAAGAGAGGAAAAUGCAGCUCCACUUCAAGCUGAUUCUUCUGCGAAUCCCGAGCCGUCUGUUUUGAUGCGAACUGAAAGUGAACUUUCAGAAGAAAUGCAGACGCCAGCAACCCCCUCAGUGCCAAAGGAAGGAGAAACGGUGGCAAAAGUGUCUGAGACUGAAGCAGAAACCCAAAUUAUCCAGUCUCAAACAAUGCUCGACUUAAAUAAGACAUCACCACCCUUCAAAGGACUACCAGACACCCUAAAACUAGAUAAGAGAAGGCCAGUUGUGCUCCUGAAACCUUUAGUUGCAUCAGAAGGUGGUUAUCGGUGUGAACUGUGCAGUCAGACCUUCCCUGAUAUACCACAGCUGGUAAAACACAAACGGCUGCAUGAAGAACAAAGCUCCUUUGUCUGUGAAAAUUGUGGAAAAAUCUUCAUAACUCAGGCAGAUUUCAGUGAGCACCAUGCUGUGCACAGGGAUGAGCCCCUCUUUACGUGCAACAUGUGUGAUCGAUCUUUCACCACGAUUCACCAACUGAAGCGUCAUAAACUGCUCCAUGUUAAAGAUGGCAGGAAGUGCCUCAGGUGUGGCACGCUGUUCUGCCAGCGUCACAACCACAUUUUAUUCCUUCCGCAGACAGAGUUUAAAACAGAGUCUGAGCCUGAGGACAGUUCCUCCAGGAGUGAGACAGAAAAUGAACUGGAACCAAGCCAGAUGACUGAAAUACCUGGCAACACUCAGAGCUCAAGGACCGUUACACCUCCACUGUCUACUUCUGCUUCAACUGCUGCUCCUACACCCCCAAAUCCUGGAUUUCUAUCCAAGCCCCCACCUUUGUCUUCAUUCAGUAUAUUACCAGAAAUCCCCCCACCGGUGUUGCUGAGACCGUGUCCUGUGCCUCGUCGACUCUAUCCAGAAGUGAGACACUCAGAAAACCCGGGUUCCUCAUUUCACCAUGACUUGUUCACCCAAAAUACAGAACUUCCAUCUUCACUGAAGAUCUUUUCACCUCAGUACCUCACCUCAGCCUUCCUAGAGGUUAAAAGAAAUUAUGAAUAUAUUUUAAGCAAGCCGAAAAAAUGUAGGGUUAAGAAUCCGGUGAAGAAGGAACAAAGUGAGGCACCAAUAAUUUCACCAGAAGAACACACUAAGCCAGAAAAAAAGGAGAGAAUAGCUUAUGACCUGGAGAUUAUGCUCUGAUCUGAAUAAUGGAUUAGAAUGACCUGUUUACUUACCUGACCUGUUUACUUACCUGACCUUUUUGCCUUACUUAAGAUGUUCAACAUUAGUGCUCCUAUCCUAUUAGUGUUUCUGUUCUUUGAGUUAAAAGGCAUUUUAACAAAAGCAAGGCUGUGUUCAGUAUUAAACCCGUAGUGUUCGGCUUAUACUUGCACCACUUUUGCCUCUCUUAGCACACUGAUAUAUUUGUAAGUACUGUGAUGCUGAUAUAAUUUUUUUUAGUUCUGUAGUUAAAAUCUUUUACUUCUUAAUCAGUGAUGAGGUGCAAUUGGUUUUUUUUUCCACUGCUGUUUGAUAAGUAAUACUGUUAUGUAUGUAAAAGAUAACUGACCUGUGUUGUAAAACUGCACCAGGUGGGAUUUGGGCUUCAGGCUGUAUUCUGUACUUGGCAAUUUGUGCCGUAAUAAUCACUUUAGUCUGUGGAAAAAUGCACCGUGUGCUACAAACGGCAUCAAUAAUAUGAUCAAGCAUCUCUAAUAACAAUUGCCACACAAUUCAGUUUUCACAUCUGCCUCAGCUAACUGGAAACAGAUAGCGGUUGCAGCGUAUAUUACAUACAUAAACCAAUCAGCCGUAACCUUGAAACCGUGAAUAACCUUGAUUGCACUAUUACAAUGGUUGGUUCUGCUGGCAAACCUUGAGCUCCCAGGAAUUCGUGUGGGUGUUACUUUUACGUGCAGCACACGCCUACAAACGGAAAGGCUCGAGGAGCACGACAAAGAGUCCAAGGUGUUGACAGGGCCUCUAAACUCUCAGAUCUCAAUCCAGAAAAACGGCUGAUCCACAGAGGCCGCUACAGCAGAAGACAGCCGUUGCUCCUGGCCACAUGCCGAAGAGGACAAAUCCAGAGGGUCCAGUACGCGUGCCAUGAGGGAUUACAGUUAUUUUGUCAGAUACCAGGUGCUUUUUAUGUUGCUGAUCAUAUGCAGUGUAUAUGAUCAACAACAUGUAUGUAUGAUGUAGCUACAGUUACAUCAACCAUUUAUUACAUUUUGUGCAUUUUUUUUUUUUAGUUGUCCUCUUUGUUUUGUUUUUUUUGUUUGUUUUUUAAUCUGUAUAUGAGAAGUGGAUCUGACUGUGAAACCAAUGCUGUUUGUUUACUAAAAUACAUUAUGGUUAUGGUUCGAGUAAACAACUUCCAGCUAAAAAAUGCCUCCAUCAAGUGUUUGUCGAAUCUUUAAAGUGAACGGUAAAAUUCUCUGAGAGCAGAAUUAACUACCAACACUCCUUCAUUAACUACAAUCAAUUAAGUUUAGUUUAGAGUCUUCAUAAAAGAGGUACAUUGGUCACAGGGAUGUCAUCCAUUGAUUGCUAAGCUCCUUUUUUUUUUUUUUUAACUCUUUUGUUUUUUGUCAUUUUAGCUUUUUGAAACUGGACUUCACAAGUGUGUGUAGAGGUAAAACAGAGGGAUACUAAGGGAUGCAGCAUGUUUUUGUGAAGGCCAGCUCACUGUAGAGCAUACCCUGCUUUACCUUGCUUUUUCGGCUUGAAUGGGGGCCGUAACUAGCAACUGAGACUAUACGCUAAUUGGGAAAAUAAUAAAAUGACUGCAGUCAUAGGUCAUAAAGGCUCAUUUUUCCUCACGAUCAUAUUGGUUACAUAAAACUCAAUAUGGUCAUCCCACAUCACUUUUUAGCUGGCUUUUAGUCACUAGUGGAUCUUCCACACUGCCGUUGUGUAGCAGAUCCGUUUAAUGUAUUCAUGAACAUCUCAUAUCAAUUAACAGUAUGUUUUGAUCCCAUGCUUAACUCCAAAAGUGCUCACGUUCCAUCGCUCAGGGUUAUGUCACCUGCUGUUCCUACAAGUUGCUGAAUUUAAUUAACAUUUUGUGGUCUCUUAUAUGGAUUAAGGCACCUUCGGCUUCGCUUUUCUGACUUGUAAGCUAUGAUAUUUGCACUGUUUGCACACAAUAUGGAGUUUUAAUUUCCCAUUUGUAAAAAGAAACAACUUUGGACUGAUUAUGUUUUAUUUUUGUUUGUUUGUUUUGUUCUUCUUCAGCUGACCUGUAUGUAUAUUUACUCAAAUGUAGAAAUGACCGAAAACAUGGACAAAUGGAAAGAUUGAACUACCAUGUACCCAUUUCCCCCACACCAAGAAGCACCUAACCAGCUAUAGCUGUCCAAAUGACACAUUCUUGGAAUAGCAUUAUCUGUUAAAAUAGCUAAAGCUAUUUCUCAGCUGGUGAUUUGCAGCUGUCUACUGCGUGCCCAUUAGACUUGCUCUCACAUGGACACAGGAACAAGAGAAAAAAAAUAAGCUGUAUGAAGUGAAAUAUGCUCUUUACAUAAGGUAAUAAAAUAAAAUUGCUGUAUUA